AUGGGUAACAAGUCGUCCAGCGUGCCCUCGAUUCGGCAUUGCCUUGCCUCCAUCUGCGAGGGCCGCGUCGGCUGCGUCGGCGUCCCCGCAGACCCGACGUACAAGGAUGCUUGGGUCAGGACGUACAACCUCGAAUUCCCAGUGACGCCCCUGGCGGUGUUCAGACCGACGAGCGCCGAAGAGGUCGCGGCCGCCGUUCGGUGCGCCAUCGUGCGCGGGGUGGGCGUCCAGGCCAGGUCGGGCGGGCACUCGUACGGGUACGCUCGCGGCCCGCUGCCGACUCUCGACGGAGCUGACGGAUGGACGGUUUGA